UCACUGCAGUUAUAGAGGAGAGUUGAACUGAGUAGAGUUGUGAUCACUAGCAGGUUGAGAAUGUACUCUGAGCUGCCCUCCACGCAUCCGAUGCCCUCAGUGUCCAGCAGUAGCAGCAGAUGGUCCUCACACUCGAGGGCAGUGGUGGAGAGCCAGAUGCCUCGAGUACAGGCGUCCAUGGAGUGGCCCAGCUGAAACGUCCCCGGCCUACCCAACAGGCGAGAGAGGAGGUAGGACUUGCCCGUGCGAUAAGGGCCGCAGACGGAAAGAACGGCCACGGGUUUGGUGAUGGUUUCCAGCAUUUUCACCGCCUCAUCGUUCACCUGCAACCGAGCGGAUUCCCCAUUUCCGUCGCUUCUGGAGAACGGCAGGAUGAGAGGAAGCGCUGGAGGCAGGGUUCUUCCAGGCAGUUGGAGUUGGCGCGGUAUCAUCAUGAACAGUGUGGAUCGAGAAGCUAGCUAAGCCCCACCCAGUCAGCUGAGCUGAGAGGGCGGGGCUAAAACGCAGCAGAGGGAUUUCCCGCCCCGCAUCUUAACAUGGCCGGUAGAUUUUCUCUUCUUGACCUGAAGACAGAGCUCUGUAAAGACCUAGCGAUUCCCCUCGUUCUGCCCAGCAACUACGAAUGGAGCAAAGAGGCGGGCUCCAUCGUGAAGAGCCGAGAGAGCUCCUCGCCCGACACGCUGGAGCUACGGCCUGUGGAAGAAGCAUUGGAGCUGCUGGAGACGAUCAACAAGCCUGUAGCCGUUCUUGCAAUCUGUGGACCGUACCGGACUGGGAAGUCGUUCUUUAUCUCUCGUGUGGUGGAGAAGCCGGGGACGUUCAUGCUGGGCCACUCGAUGGAGGCGUGCACGCGGGGUAUCUGGGUGUCGACCACGGCUCUCGAGUGCGAAGAGUUCGUGCUGUUGGUUUUGGACACUGAGGGCAUCGGUGCCGUGGAGGGAGAGGGGCCCGAGUCAUUCACCACCAAACUCCUGGUCGCAACCAUCCUCCUCAGCUCCUUCCUCAUCUACAACUCUACUGAGGUUCCCAAACAGGCUGACUUGCAGCAGAUGAGCUCUUUUGCCCACCUGUCUACUGCGAUUAACGUGCGAGAGAAAAAGCAAAACGACCCCAAAGAGUUUCAGAAAUACUUCCCAAAGUUCAUGUGGCUCCUCCGUGAUGUCACCAACCCUCCGUACGACGACGAAGAAGAGGACGAAAACUCCGCCCUCACCAAGUACCUCACCGAGGUUGUCCUCACACCGACCGGCCAGAAGGACUGCGACAGUGUCAUAGCAGCAAUCACCACCCUCUUCCCACAGCCCCUCCUCUGCGACUGGCUCCCCUACCCCAAUGACGAACCACAGAACUCCAACCUAGACAACGAAGACAAUAUCGAAGAAGAGUUUACAGAGAAAUCUGACCAGAUCAUCAACGGUGAGCGUGGGAUCAAGGCCUCCGUAUCGCCAAAGGUGGGGUUUGACCAGCAGCUACCGGUGACAGGGGGAGACCUCGCCGAGCUGGCCAGGCUAUACAUCAAGGCCAUCAACCAGAAGGGCAGUGUGCCAAGUCUGGAGGGUAGCUGGAAGGCCGUCAUCAAACUCAAACUCACCAAAGAGGCCGAGGCACUAGUGGCCAAGUACGAAGAAGAGAUGGCCUCUGAACUCUGCGGGGAGGAGCCGUUGGAGGAGGCGAUACCAGAGGAAGACUCUAUUCAGAGCCGACCUACACUGAUGGGCUUGCACGAGUCGAUUUUCACCGUGAAACGCCAGAUCCUGGUGGAAAAGGUGGUUCAGAUGCUCCCGAGAUCGAGCGAGAGUCCGACGUCACCUUGUCGACCGGAGGAGAGGGAAGAUGUACGAGAUGUGAUCGGGAGAUUCGAACUGGCCAUCGCCACGAGAGAGGGAGGUGUGGUCAAGUCCGGGGUGCUGCACAAGUUCAUCACGCAGAACAUGAAAAAGUCGGAGAAGCACUGCGAUGAACUGUGGCAGAGACUGGAGAAAGAGGCUGAAGUCCAGACCAACUACACCAGGGCUCUCAACAAGUACGACCCCAACAUAUGUGCUCAGGUUCUGCAGGACCUAGAAAACCUCAAGAUUGAUUUCAACAUGUCUGCAAUUGGUCCAGCGAGGGAGGGAGUGUUCAAAUCGCGGAGUGACAAGUGGACAGAUCGUGAGGUAGCACUGCGAUGUAUCCCCGGUCCACCGACCGACGCAGCUGUAGUGGGCAAAUCGAAGGACGCAAUGAAACUACAGUGGGACCUACCCAAGAUAAACCCAGAAGCUGCUACACGGUACAUCGUGGAGUUCAGGAAGGCGGGGAAGAAUGCGUGGCAGAAAUCCACAGAGACGUCCGAGCAGUGGCACAUUGUGAGAAAGUUGAAGUCAAACACGAGAUACGAGUUCCGGGUGUCGUCGUGGAACGAGGAGGCAGAGAGGGUCAAGAGGAACAUCGAGGAAAUGCUGCGAAAGGCUCGAGAGGAGGGGCUCAAAGGUGGCACGCGACUCGGGAAAUUCGAACGAACCAUUCUAUCAGCCAUCGGGUUCCUGGGUGGUACAGCUGUUGCACCGCUUCUCGCGACGGUAGGUGUACCUGCUCUCACGCUAGACUCCAAGAAAGCUGCGGAGGCUGCCGCGGCGUGUGUGAGUAUCCCGUUCUUUGCCACGCUGGGAGCUCCGAUUGUGGGUGGGACGGUGGCCUAUCACGUCAUGCAGGCCACGGGCGAUGUCGGGGAUCUGGAGGAACGCUACGUCCCUCGAAGUCCGGAUGCUCAAAGUCUCAACAGCUCAGGCUCCACCAUCAGUGCUUAAAUUUACCACAUUAUUUUGUAUUCUGUGUGUAAUAAUAAUAUGAAG